AUGAUUUGGGUUCAUUAUCCUGGUCUUAGUUUAGAAUAUUGGGAUGAGAAAACUCUUUUUACCAUUAGUAGAGCUCUUGGUAAUCCAGUUAAAGUAGAUACUGCUACACUUAAUUAUGACAGUGGGUAUUAUGCAAGAGUGCUAGUUGAAAUCAAUUUAGCAAAAUCAAUUCCAAAUAAACUUUGGAUUAAAACCAAAUUUGGAGGAUUUAUACAAAAGAUAUUACUCACAAAUCUUCCGAAAUUCUGUCCUAAUUGCAAGAUUGUUGGGCAUACUCAGAAUGAAUGUAAAUCUCAGAAGAAGUCAACUACUGAUUCACCAGUGAAAAAAGUUGAAGUUAAUUCAGGAAAAAUUCAUGAAAGCAGUCCUAAAGCAGUUAUGGAGAAAUUUGAUAUAUGUGAAACACCAGUUAUUCAUAUCCACAUUCCAACAUCUAAAGGCCAAAAAUCUAUACCUCUUACCCCUGAGAAAAUACUUCAACUGGUUGAAGACAAUACUUUAGAGAGCAGUGUCAUUAAAUACAUCAAUGGUACUACUGGAACAGUUUCAGAAGAGAGAGUCCUUGUUACUUCAUGGUCCAAAAUAAUUCAAAAACCAGCAUCAACUGUUGCUGCAAGUACUUCUACUUCUGAAACUCUAAAACUUAAAGCUGAUCCAAAGUUUAAUCCUUCUUUAGUUUUUAUAGCAGAACAAAAAAUAGCUUGUACUGCUUCUUUUUGCAAUAAAUUGAAUCUGCCAGGAUUGAAUAAUAUGGUGAUUCAUAAUUCAGUCUCAAAUAAAAAGGGAAACAUUUGGUUAUUUUGGAAUAAAAAUUUACCUGUUCCAACAGUCAUUUCUAUGUCAAGUCAAAUGAUAACAUUUAGCAUUAGGGGAGUUCUUGUUUCUGGAGUUCAUGCACAUGUUGGAGUUAUGCAAAGAAGAUUCUUAUGGUCAGAAAUGGAAUUAGUCAGUAAUCUGAAUCAACCUUGGUUAGCAAUUGGAGACUUUAAUGCUGUUACUUCUUGUGAAAAAACAAUUGGAGGCAGAGCAGCUAAUAGAAAAGCAAUUCUAGAUUUUACAACUUGUCUGGAUAAAUGUGGUCUAAUGCAAUCUCCUAAGUCAGGUGUACAACACUCAUGGUCCAAUUUCCAUCAUGGAGAUAGAAUAAUAUUAUGUAAUUUAGAUAGAGUUGUUUUCAAUCAAUUAUGGCUUCAACAUUAUGAAGACUGGGGUUACAAAGUGGGACUAAGAAUAUCUUCUGAUCAUGCUCCUCUUCUUGGUGGAAAUGUCAAUAUUCCCAAUCCCAAAAAUAUACCUAAAAGAUUUCAGAAAAUGUGGAUUUCUCAUCCAGGAUUUAUGGAUGUAGUUCUUAAUAGUUGGAAUGAAGAAAUAAUUGGAGGCCCUGCUUACAUCUUUCAAGGUAAACUAAAAAGAUUAAAGAAGGUUCUUUCAGAUUGGAAUUGGAAUGAAUUUGGAAAUAUUAAUGUAAAGAUCAAGGAAGCUGAGGAAAAAGUUAAAGAAGCCAUGCUCAGGUCUGAUGAUAAUCCUUUUAAUGAUAACUGCCUUAACAACUUAGUGGAAGCACAAAAUGACCUUAACUCCAAAGAAGUCCAGCUCAGUACCAUGUUAAAGCAAAAAGCUAUAACUAAAUGGAACUGGAGGACAACAAUGGAGAAAUCAUUUCAGAACAAAAAAAGAUUGCUGAAAUCUUAG